UUUGCUCCUGGACGAGGAGUCGCGCAGCCUCGCUUUAAUUCCUAUGACGUCCUCUAGGUGGCGGUAAUGCACCUCAAUGCUGGGGCCAACCUCCAUUCGAACGGAAAAAGAAGAAGGAGCCAAGCAGCCGCCGCGCAAACGCAGCUUGGGCUUCAGCUUUAGCUUUUUAGCUUUAGCUCCCGGCCGUGUUCCUGUUCGAUACAACGCCGCGCGCGAGAACCGGCACCGUCUGUCGCUUUCAGCUCGAUCGUUGUUCGGUCUCGGCGAAACAUGUUCCGCGGUCGGCCUCCGCCGCGGGGCUCUUACCGGCCGCCUUUCGAUAGCCGCGGCCCGCCGCCGCCGCCGCGGCCGUACCAUCACCAAAGAGCGGACGACAGGAACCGGGCCAGAUCACCGUACCACUCGGGUUAUCACCGCCGCGAACACCCCGACUACCAUCACUCCCCGCCGCACCGCAGCUACUAUCCUCCCGCCUCGGCAGGACACCGAGGCGACCAGCACCGUUCCGGUGCUCCGCCCCGGGAGGUCAGACCGUCCGAACGCGCACACGCGCGACUUUCGGCCUUUUGCGCAUGAGUGGCUCGUUCCGGAUUUGUGCUUGGUGGCGUGGGGGGGCCGGGACAUCAAAGUAAUCUUGAAAUUGCCGGAUGUGAGAGCAGCGCUUGUUUGUUUGUUUGUUUGUUUUCAGAGAUCGCCCUCUCCUCGCCAUCGUCUUCCCAUCGACCACAAACUCGUCAUCACGGUGGGCAACGAGUUGACCAGCUCCGCAACUCCGCGUCAGCACAGCAGAGACCGAAGCACGGACAAUCGUCGCGGCCGCAGCAGAAGUCGGGCGAGAAGCAAGAGCCGUCAUUGCAGCCGGAGUCGCAGUAAGUCCGGGUCCGGGUCCAGGUCCAGGUCCAGGUCCAGGUCCAGGUCCAGGUCCAGGGGGCGGAUUCGAGGGCGGGCGUCCAGUAGAGCGCCAAGCAGGAGGCGCAGCAGCUCCAGCAACAGCAGCAGCAGCGGCGAGCGCCACCGCCGCAUGAAAAUGUUCGGCGAACUGGAAGUGGCUCGUCGGAGGAAGGAGCUGGAGGACUUGUUGUCUCUGCCCACCAAGUCCAUCCUCAAGAAACGCUCCGAUUACAACUGCUCGCCUACGGUCAGGGGUUCCGACUCGGCCCUGUCUCACGUGGCGCAGGAGCUGCUGCGGGCCGUCAAAGGGAUGGAGCCGGCCGCCAUGGCGUCCGUGUUGAGCGAGCUGCGGUCCGACCCGCAGAUGUCGCAGCGGGCCGAUCGCGACCCGGAAAUCGAGGAGAUCCUCAAUUUGCUGGACCCGGUCGCGGCCCAAGGAGCGAAGAGUCCGGCGGACGACAUGGACGACGAGGAGAAGUUCCUGUACGGAGACUCGGAGGACCCCGAGCUAGUCGUCCCGCCGCGGCCGCUCCACAACCACGCUUUUGAUCCGUACGGGGAUGUCACGGAGGACGUUCUCUACGGAGACUUGCCCCGGGCCGCCGUCCUUCCAGCGGUCUCGCCCGUAGCCACCGGCGAGGCCUUUACGGACCGGCCCCCCUCGGUUUCCACCGCCGCUUCCCACACCGCCGCGCAGGCGUCGAUUCCCGGACUGCCGCCGGAAGAGGAGAACCACCGGCAGGCGCAGGAAGACUACCAGAAGCUCCAGGACCUGUUGAAGACCAUCGGCUUGGACCUGGGUGUGGCGGAGCUCAGCAAACUGACCGCCAGGACCAAGGAGCGCCUGCAUGGGAAUAAACCCGCAAAAGCUCCCAAGACGGCAAAGCGACGCCCGCGUUACUCGUCCGAGAGCUCGGGCGACGGCCGCGGCAGGCGCAGCCUCAGCCGCAGCUCGGACGACGACGACGGUGACAAACCGGGCCCCGGCGUCGGGCGGGCCCAUGGCCGGAACGCGGACGUCAAACGAUCGGACGGCUGGAGCAAAGACGGCGGCCGCGGUGUCGGCGCGGCUCCCGACGAGGCGCCGGAGCAAACGGUGUCGCUUGACGGCGCGGCGCCCGUCCCUUCGGCCGUGCCCGUCCCCCCCUCCUACCGAGCCUCUCCUGCGUCCGGCGCGAUGGCGCCCGGCUACCCGCUGCCGGGCUGCGGUCAGUACGGCAACUUUUUGCCUUACGCGCACCCGCAGUGGCCGCCGCCCAUGUACCCGCCCCCUAGCUUGCAGGCGCCCGGUGCCAACAGCUUUCCGCCCGCUCUGCCGUACCACCAGCCCGACUCCCAGCGGUUGCCGGAGCCUCCGGUCAAAGGUGUCGUCGCGUCUCCUUGGGUCGCCGGGACGGGCCCGAGUCAGGUGUCGGAGCAGGAGAACAACGAAAGCCAGAAGCAGAAGGUUCUGGAGGAGCGGGAGAACUUGAGACAGGAGCGAGAGCAGCGCAUGAAGAAGAAGGAGUACCUCAUGAAGGAACUGGAGCGGCUCCGGAAGCAGCAAGGCGAGCUGCUGAGGAAGAAACGUCGCGAGAAGGACGGGCAUAAAGACCCGCUCCUGCAGGAGAUCAGCCUCCUGCAGGAGGACAUCAUGAUGCAGAUCUCCAACCUGCGCAGGGAGCACGAGGGCGCUGAGAAGAAGCGCAGCGAGAUCGAUAAGGUGGCGCUCAUCCUGGGGCUCGGACCCUCCGACCGCCCCCGCCCGACGCCCCAAGCCGCGCGGGCGGAUCACGCGGUGAACAGGCCUGGCAAAAGCAGGCUGUGCGCGGAGCACAGUCAGGAGGGCCAACAAGAGCGCGACGAUGGCGGCGGCGUGUCCCCAAAGCAGAACAUCUCGGAAGCGAGUCCCCUCCCGGAGCCCUUUGAAUACUAUGACGCUGGAAACCAUUGGUGCAAAAGCUGUAACCUCACCUCGGGCUCCAUGUUUGAUUUUUUUAACCACUUGCACGGCAAAAUCCACCAAAAGACUCUGGACCCUUACGAGCGUCCGUGGGCCGCCUUGCCAACCCAAAUGGGGAAAAAAGCGCCGACGGAAGACAAGCAAAUGAAACCGGCCAAAGGCUCAGAGUUCUUACUUCCGGUGCGAGGAUUUUUCUGCGUGCUGUGUGAAAAGUUCUUUGGAGACGCAAUCUGCGCAGAGGAGCACGUCACCACUCAUUGCCACAACGACAACUACAAGAAAAGAAUGUACAAGAAUCCGCUCUAUGAGCAGAGAAGGAAUCUGGACCGCCAAGCCGGGCUGACGGGGAAAAAACGUAAACCGGAAGAAGACAAGGGUGACAAAACCAAAAGCAAAAAGGAGAGAAAAGGUGAAAAGGAGUUUGGCACAGAGGACGCCUCAUCAAUCGCCGUCGAGGAGGAAGAGAAGCCGAAAGUGCCGAAGAAAGAAGAUGAGCUUCAAAAUACCAAGACUCCCUUUUAUGCCAGGAAGGAAGAGGACGACGACGAUAAGGUGAAAUCCAAGAAGAAAAGCGACAAGUACCAUUGGAGCGCGGAGGAAGGCGAGAGGGCCGAUCGGAGGAGAGACGAGGAAGAGCGACACAAACAAAGCCAAGGAGGACGUCAUUAUCGGCACCACAGGCACGAAGAGGAGCCGUACGAGCGCCGGCCGCGACACGACGACCGACACAAACGCGAGCGCGAACGAGAAGACAAAGACGGAGGCAAAGACAAGAACGCGCCGGGUGCGCUCAAGCCCUACGACCCGACCAAAAUCAUCUGCGGACCCAGUCCGGCCAUGAGAGCCAAGCUCCUCAAACAGAGCCCGGACGCCGCCAAGCUGGCGCCGACCUUCGGAAAGUUCGCCUGGAGGAAACGGGAGAAUCAGCUGGCCAAAGAUGCCCAGAAGGCCGCCGCCGAGUUCAUCAAGGAUGACGAGCGAGCCGCCAAAGAGGCGAUCGUCCCCAAGGACGACUCCUUUGCAAAGUCCGUGGCCUUUGCUAAAGAGAUCGCUCAGAAAUUGUCCGGUGCGGGCGGCUCGUCCGCGCCGCGGGUGUCGAGCGGCGCCGGCCCGUCGCCGGCGCAGAGCGACUUUGCCGUCCCUGUCGCGGCACGCGGGAGGAACCGCGCCGGGGGGAAACCCGCGCCUCUGAACGCCGUCCCCUUCGUCGGCCCUCUGGGCCCGGGUCGGCCGCCGGCGGAAGACGGACCCAUUUUUCCUCCUCUCGAGAGACUCCCGGAAACCGAGCGGGACAAAACGAAGCCAGCGUCUUGCGAGUCCGAGAACCGGCCCGCCCGACCCGCGUCUCAGUCCGUUCCACACUUGUCCGGUCCUCCCCCGUCGGUCCCCAAAGCGGCAGUGCCGGUGUCAAGUCCUCCCCUUGCAUUUGUCAGACCGGCUCCCCCCGUCUUCCGUUCUGUCCCAUCGGGGCCCAAACCGUCUUUACCCGCGUCGACGCCGACCCCGGGAGUCGUUAGACCGGCCCCGCCUCGGUCAAGUCCCGCCGCGACCGUGGUUGGGCCGACGGUCCGCUCCGGCCCAUCGGGGGCCGGAUCGACUUUACCUGCGUCGAGUGCCGCCUCGUCGGUUCGGAGCGCAACUCCGCCGCCGUCGAGGCUCGAGGUGAACCCCCCCGCCCCGCCGUCGAGGCCGGCGCUUAUCCCGACCGCUCCGGCGCCAUCGGGGCUUGAGAUUAACCCGGCACCCGAAGUGUCGCCGCCUGUCCGGUCCGUCGUCGAAACGGAAAUGGCCGACGCGGAGCCGGAUGUGGCGGCUCCCGGCGUUCCGGAGAGCGAGCAGACUCACGCCGUGUUUGUGAAACCUCCCCCGCUCUUCCGCAUGCCGGACGGAGGCCAGAGGGCCGACAAACCAAAAAGUAACCUGGCCGCUGCUAAAGCCCAGGAUUUAUUUGGCAUCUUCUACAGCUCCAAGGACAAGACGGGGCCGUUAUCCUUGAUCAAGUCGAGCGCAGCGGACAAAAGUGUGACCCUCAAAAGUCCGUUUGUCACUCAAACGGUACCGCGCGCCGCAGCCCGACCUUCAAAGCCAUCGCCGCAGCCCGAUCCUGGACUGGCGCCGAGCGCCCCACCGCAGUCCGGGUCAGAGCUCCGCAUCGAAUCAAUUUGCUCUUUGCGGACCGGCCCCGAGCGAGCACCCGCGGGAGUUCUCUUCAACAGUUCGCUUGUUGAAAGUGCACAGGAAGAGCAUCCGGAAAGCGCGCCGGCGCAAACUCGGCGGCAGCUCAAAACUUGUGAGCCCAAACCAGAUGAUGAAAACCCCCCUCUGUGGACAUUUCCGGAACCGCUCCAAGAAACGCCCCCAUCCCCCAAAGCCGAAUCCGCUCCGGGUCCGAGGGCGCGAGGGAAAAAUGCAAAAAAGGGAACGAGUCCCUCCUCCGGUGUUCCCGUCCGACAAACCCGAUCCCAAACCAGAUCCCAGACCAGGCUGCACCAUUCAGAGCAGACCGGAGGAGAUGCUGACCAGAAGCCCUCGGAGUCUCCAGGAGACACCGAUCCAAAGCUCUCAGAGUCCGCGGGAGACGUUGACCAGGAGCUCUCAGAGUCCGCGGGAGACGUUGACCAGGAGCUCUCAGAGUCCGCGGGAGACGUUGACCAGGGGCUCUCAGAGUCGUCAGAUUGCUGCUCUGGGACUCAACAUGAUGGGUCGACAUUAUUAACACCUGACAAUCUCCACUCUUCUGCAAUCAUGGCUGAUUUGAAUUUAGCGUAGGAGUAGACGCGAGGAAGACUCCCGUUUGAAGGUUAUACAACUCAGCAACGUAUCAAUGCCAGAUUUUGGUUUGUUCUUCAACAUUUUGUUUUUGAUCUGAGAUUCCACUAAAGACUUGAAUAACAUGUUGUUCUCUGUUGCACAGGGAUCCAUCGGCCCAGUACCUACAGAGACCCCAAUCACAGUUUCCUCCACAUAACCCCCUUAAAAAAAAAAAAAAAAAAAAAGUCAUUCCAAGAU